AUGGUGAUGUCAUCGGACUCAAUCGAUGCGCCCGUGUUUGGGAAGGAAAGCGCCGUCUACAACCUCCUCGAGCAGUACCCGUCGAGCCCGUACAGCCUGGAUGCCUGCCUCCGACGCAAUCAGCUUCUCCACGAGAUCACGGUCCUGAAGGUGCUGAGGGUUGAAGAUAGGCGUCUUGUCGAGCGCUGGGCCGCCGAGCUUUGCGCCGCCGUGGCAUGGGUUGAGUCCCUGGGUCUCGCCCACACCGACCUGCGCCCUCCGAAUCUACUCUUGAACGAGCGUAACCACCUCAAGCUGACCGACAUCGACUGUGUCGCGCGAAUCAGGGAGUCCUUGUCCGGCAACCCGCCACGCUGGGCACGUCUCUACAACGACCCGGUGACGGGACAUGGGUGUCAUGGUGUCGAUGGUCCGGAGACGGAGCAGUCCGCAAUCGGCUCGCUGCUUUAUUGCAUGACGAGGGGCCAUGAGCCGUAUUGGCAGCCGGAAGGAGUCCCCAGGUCAACGUUGUGGAACUAUUUACUGGACUGCAUUAUUGGCCGUUGCUGGAACGGAUGGUACGAGUCGAUCAAGAAAGUGGCAGAGGCCGGCACACACUCCCGGGUGCUGCAGACAUGGGCGACGCCACGAUCAUCAGUGCUAAGUAUUGUGCUCGGAAGCGAGAGGAGGUGUUGUCGACUUCUUCAGGAAGGGUUAUUGAACAAUGACGAGGCACAGUAA